UGUGGGAACAAAUUUUAAACAUAAUCGAGCUCGUUUGGCAUUUCCUUGUUUUGAUGAGCCAAGUUUUAAAGCAUUUUUUAAAAUUUCUAUAAAACAUUCAAAUGAUUAUUUUGUGACGUCAAAUAACCAACGAGAAGGAUACAACUACGAAGAAUGGGAUCCAAAUUUAUGGUCCAUAUUCAAUAAAACGUCAAAAAUAUCAACAGAAGCAGUUGCAUUUGCUGUUUUGAAAAAUUUUAUUCUUACAGAAAAUGAAUGUAAUCAAUCAGUUGUAUGGUCGACGAAUAAAGAAAAUCCAUAUGUAAAAUAUAGCCAUUAUUUUAAUAAUAAAAUCAUCAAAAUAUUUGAAAAAUAUACUAAUAUGACGUUAAAAGACAUUAGGUUGAAAAAUAUUCAGAAUAUUAUUAUUCCAUCAUAUAUAAAAAAAAACGAAAUUAUUGAAAAUUUUGGUUUAUCUAUAAUGUGGAAAAACAGUGAUCAUGAUGAAUCAAAUGUACGAGUACGCAAUAAGGUAGAAAUGGCAAUGAUUAUUACGCAUGCAAUAUGCAAAAAUUGGUUUGGUUAUUAUAUCUCUCCAAAGUGGUUAAACAGUACAUGGAUUACCGAUGGAUUGACGAAUUAUUAUCAGUAUUACAUCAUAGAUAAGGCAGAAACAAAGUGGCGACUAAUGGAUUUAUUUGUAGUUGAAAAUAUUCAAAAAAUUGCUUUUGUUAAAGACAGCCUCAAUUCUUCAAUUCCAAUAAAUUAUAACAUUCCAAAAUUAGGCAAAGAUUCAACGAAACUGUUUGAAAUAAUUGCUAAUAAAGCAGGUGCAAUUAUUCGAAUGAUUAGCCACAUAACUGGAGAUAAUAAAUUUAAAAAAAAUAUAAAAAAUUAUAUUAAAAAAAUGUCAUUUCGUGCAUCAACUUCAAAUGAUUUGUUCGAGGAAUUAUCAGUUUGUCCAAAGAGUAAAUGUCGAUUAAAUCGAGUUAUGUUAAUUGAGGUUUUUCAUAACUGGGCUAACACACCAGGUUUUCCACUCAUCACUGUGACAAGAGAUUACAAAAAUAACAAAGCACUUAUAUACCAAGAGCCCUACAGAAUUGAUGUGAAUACAAAUCGUAAGAAUAAAUAUUGGGUGCCUAUUAAUUAUGCCCAAAGAAAAGAUGAUUUUAUCAACACAACAGUAACACACUGGUUAAGUCCUGAUUAUAUAUCUCUUACUAUCUCUGAUGUUGACAAAAAUAAAUGGGCAAUAUUUAAUAAACAACAAUUUGGAUACUAUCGUGUUAAUUACGAUAAUCAAAAUUGGCAAAUGAUUAUUAAAGUAUUGAAAUCUAAUCAGUAUCAAGAUAUUCAUGUACUCAAUAGAGCGCAAUUGAUUGAUGAUGCAUUCAAUCUUGCAGCAACAUCAAGACUCAAUUAUUCAAUUGCUCUUGAUGUUGCGUCGUAUCUUCAUCAAGAGAAAGAUCUAAUACCCUGGAUACCAGCUUUUACAGGACUAUUAGAAAUUCAUAAGAUACUUGUUAAUACAAAGUAUCAUGAAAACUAUAAAAAUUUUACUUUUAAUCUCAUAAAAAAUAUGAUGGACUCGAUUGGAUACGACUCAUUACCUAAUGAUGAUUAUUUGACAGAGAAAUUUCAAAGUUUAAUGAUUUCUUUUGCAUGCCAAAUGGGAUUUAAUGACUGUCAUGAAGAAGCACCAAUAAGACUCGAAAGAUGGCUUAAUAAUUCAACUAUAUAUCCACGACCUGAGGACCAACUUCUUUGUGUUGGCAUAAGUUAUGCUGAUGAAGACACAAGACAGAGAAUAUUCAAUAAAAGCAAGGAAAUGAUGCAUGGUCAAAAUUUAGUAAACACACUUUUACGAUGCAGAAACAAAAAUAUAUCAUCAAAUUCCCUAAACAAGUUAUUUCAAAGACCUCUAGCACAAUCUAGCCUUCAACAAAUUUUGCUUAUUGUAUCAGAUGAAUAUGUAGACAUUAACAUUGUCAUUGAUAAUUUGAUUCACAAAUUUGAAAAAAUUAAAUGCACAUUUCUCACUACAAGUUUAAAACUCAUACUCGAUGAUAUUUUCAAGAACAUUGUAAAAAAAAUGAGUACUCAAGAACAAAUAUUAAAGUUGAAAAGCCUGAGUGAACUAUGUCUUAAGGGUAUAUUGAUGGAAACUAUUAUAAAUGCCGAAAAAAAAUUGAAUUUCAUAGACAAAAUAGGAAAUAAAUUUUCUAAUGAAGAAAAAAAUUUUUUUGAUGCUAUUGCAAGUAUUGAAGUUAAAGUUCAUCACCCAGUAAAUAUAAUAACAUUGCAUGCUUCAUCAAAUUUAUUAAUAAAUCAAGUUACAUUAGAAAAUGAAACUAAAAUAGUAAUUUGGCCAUUAAUUUGUAUCAAUGAAGACGAGACAGAUUUUUUAAUAAUUCAAUUUGAAGAUAAUUUAAAAGCUGGUGAAAAAUACAGAUUAACAUUUUAUUAUAAAGCUCAAUUGAAUGAUAAUUUUGAAGGUAUUUUUAGAUCUUUUUAUCUCACUGAAAAUGCAGAAAAAAUAUGGUUUGUGGGAACAAAUUUUAAACACAAUCAAGCUCGUUUGGCAUUUCCUUGUUUUGAUGAGCCAAGUUUUAAAACAUCUUUUAAAAUUUCUAUAAAGCAUGCAAAUGAUUAUUUUGUCACGUCAAAUAGCCAACUAGUAGGACACAGCUAUGAAAAAGAAAAUCGUCAUGUAAAAUGGUCUAUAUUUGAAAAAAAAUCAAACAUAUCAACUCAUGCAGUUGCAUUUGUCGUAUCAAGAAUAGGAAAUUAUUCACAUGAUACACACAAUUUAUCAAUUAUGGAAGAAAAAUGGCGAUUGAUGGAUUUAUUUGUCGUUGAGAGUAUCCAAAAAAUUGCAUUUGUAAGGGACAGCUUCAGCUCGUUAGUUGCAAUGAAUUAUAAUUUAUCAAAUUCAAACAAGAACUCAGUGAAAAUGUUUGACACGGUUGCCAAUAAAGCAGGAGCAAUUAUUCGAACAAUUACUCACGUAACUGGGCAUAAUAUUUUCAGAAAUAAUAUAAAAAAUUAUAUUAAAAAAAUGUCAUUUCAUGCAUCAACUUCGAAUAAUUUAUUCCAAGAGCUAUCAGUAUGUCCAAAGAAUAAAUGUCUAUUGAAUCAAGCUGAGUUGAUUGAGGUUUUUAAUAACUGGGCUAACACACCAGGUUUUCCACUCAUCACUGUGACAAGAGAUUACAAAAAUAACAAAGCACUUAUAUACCAAGAGCCCUACACAAUUAAUGUGAAUACAAAUCGUAAGAAUAAAUAUUGGGUGCCUAUUAAUUAUGCCCAAAGAAAAGAUGAUUUUAUCAAUACAACAGUAACACACUGGUUGAGUCCUAAUUAUAAAUCUCUUACUAUCUCUGAUGUUGACAAAAAUAAAUGGGCAAUAUUUAACAUACAACAAUUUGGAUACUAUCGUGUUAAUUACGAUAAUCAAAAUUGGCAUAUGAUUAUUAAAGUAUUGAAAUCCAAUCAGUAUCAAGAUAUUCAUGUACUCAAUAGAGCGCAAUUGAUUGAUGAUGCAUUCAAUCUUGCAGCAACAUCAAGACUCAAUUAUUCAAUUGCUCUUGAUGUUGCCUCGUAUCUUCAUCAAGAAAAAGAUCUAAUACCUUGGAUACCAGCUUUUACAGGACUAUUAGAAAUUCAUAAGAUACUUGUUAAUACAAAGUAUCAUGAAAACUAUAAAAAUCUUAUCAAUAUAUUUAGACGACCUGAGGACCAACUUCUUUGUGUUGGCAUAAGUUAUGCUGAUGAAGACACAAGACAGAGAAUAUUCAAUAAAAGCAAGGAAAUGAUAUAUGGUCAAAAUUUAGUUGAUACACUUUUAAGAUGCACCAGUAAAAUUAUUUUAUCAAAUUUAAUAAACGAGUUAUUUCAAAGACCUCUAACACUAUCUAGCUUUCAACAAAUCUUGCUUAUUGUAUCAGAUGAAUAUGUAGACAUUAACAUUGUCAUUGAUAAUUUGAUCGACAAAUUUACAAAAAUUAAAUGCACACUUCUCACCACAAGUUUAAAACUCAUACUCGAUGAUCUUUUCAAGAACAUUGUAGAAAAAAUAAGUACUCAAGAACAAAUAUCAAAGUUGAAAACUUUGGGUGAACUUAUAGGUAUAUCGUUGGAAGCUAUAAUAAUUGCCGAAAAAAAAUUGGAGUUUAUAGAAAAAAUAGGGAGUAAAGUUGAGAAUUUUAUCAACUCUCAUUGA